UCCUCGACCUCUUCACAUGAAAAUGAAAUGAAAAUGGCAGAGAAGCUACAAUGGAGGAGAGACCGGACACUCUCACUUCUCUUCUCCACACUGCUUUUCUUUUCCUUAUUAACACUAACACAGGCCACUCCACCGAGCCCACUUGAAGCCACUACCCCGAACCCCCCCACCCCACUCUCACCCAACGGCUCGAGCCCACCACUAAAUCCGGUCACAGCUUGCAAAACCAGCCUGUACCCCAAGCUUUGCCGGUCCCUCUUAUCGCCCUUAAAAUCUUCGAGCCUCAAAGAUUACGGCCGGUUCUCCAUCAAGAGGUGCAUGAAAGAAACCCAAAAGACCGCCAAAGUGAUAGACCGAUUCCUCACCCGACGGUCCUCAUUGCGCCACGUGGAGGCGGGGGCGCUCGAGGACUGCCGACUUCUCUCCGAUCUGAACGCCGACUACCUCACACAAAUCGCCGGCGACCUUUGGUCAUCUGACUCGAUAUCAGACACGCGAGUCGGUCGAGUCAACUCGCUCUUGAGCGCCAUAGUGACCAAUCAGCACACGUGUUACGAGGGACUCGAGGCGUCAUCGUCUCGAUUGCAGCAGUUACUCGGCGCUUCUUUGGCGAAUGGCACAAAGCUCUACAGCAUCUCUUUGGAUUUAGUUGCAAACGCCUGGAAACAAAAAGGACGAUUUCCCGGCCAAAAACCAGCCAUUUUUCCGGCCAGGGAUAGUUUUCCCAUCCAUAAACCGGCCGGUUUUCCGGCUGAAAAGGGGUUUGCCGCUGAAAAAUUGCGGUUUCCUGCCAAGGGUCUUGGGAUGAGAGACUUUGUCACGGUUUCCAAGGGCAAGGAUGGUAAUUUUACAAGCAUUAAUGAGGCAGUGGCUUCAGCACCUAACAAUACGAACGUGGAGGAGGGUUAUUUUGUCAUUUAUGUAAAGGAAGGGGUAUACGAGGAGCAUGUUACGGUGGCGAGAAACAAGAAGAAUUUGAUGGUGAUUGGAGAUGGGAUAAAUCGGACGGUUGUGACGGGGAACCGGAGCGUGGUGGACGGCUGGACCACGUUCAAUUCUGCUACUUUUGCUGUGAUGGGUGAACGCUUCAUCGCAAUGGACAUCACCAUCUGCAACACGGCUGGCCCCGAGAAGCACCAGGCAGUCGCCCUGCGUAACAGCGCAGACCUCUCUGCUUUCUACCGUUGCAGCUUUCAGGGCUACCAAGACACCCUUUACACCCAUUCCCUUCGCCAAUUCUACCGAAAUUGCGAUGUCUAUGGCACUGUUGAUUUCAUUUUUGGCAAUUCCGCUGCUGUUCUCCAAAACUGCAAUCUGUAUGCACGCCAACCUAUGCCUAACCAGAAGAUAGCCUUUACAGCACAAGGGCGCACCGACCCGAACCAAGUCUCUGGCCUCUCUAUACAUAAUUGCACUAUCAAGCCAUCGCCCGAGCUCGAUAAGAACAGUAGUUUUAAUGAGGUUUAUCUAGGAAGACCAUGGAAAGAGUAUUCAAGAACAGUUUAUAUGCAAAGUUAUAUUGAUGGCUUUGUUGAUCCUGCUGGUUGGCUCGAGUGGAAUGGGAGCUUUGCAUUAGACACGCUUUAUUAUGGGGAGUUUAUGAACCGCGGGCCGGGUUCGAACACGAGCCGGAGGGUACAGUGGCCGGGGUUUGAUGUGAUGGAUGCGAGGGAGGCCUGGAAUUUUACAGUGUUGAAUUUUACUAUGGGGGAUACUUGGUUGCCUUCCUCUGUGGUGCCCUUUGCAGGGGGGUUGUUGUAGCUAAACUAAUUGGCCCUGUAUGUAUUAGAAAUAUAUAAUAUAAUCAUAAUUUUUAGAUAGCUUUUAUA